GGCCGUGGUUCACACGAGUUUGGGUAUUUCAGGAGCUUGUUCUGUCCCGCGACCCCUGGCUUCAGCUUGGAAAGGUGCGCCUCGAAUGGGACACAUUCAGUGAGAUAGCAUCGAAACUCUUCUCGGAAUUUAGUGGGGAGCUCAAUGUCUCGCAAAGCCAAGGACCAGUUCAGAAGAAUGGUCGACACAAGAGACAAAUACUUAAGGAAAGGCUCCAAGCGCGGAGCAACAAUGGAACUGGUCGAAUUGGUACGGACGCGAAGAGGCAUGGGAGUUUCUGAUGCCCGAGACAUGUUGUACGGCCAUGUUGGUCUUGCCUGCGGUACCUACAGAGUGGACUACACCAUUAGCGCAGCCCAAGCCUUCACAGAAUUUGCUCGGGACUUGCUCAGUUUCGGCGACUUUGUACUCGACAAAGUUGCUGAUAACGUGUCAUCUCCUGGUGUUCCCGACCUCCCAUCAUGGGUGCCGGAUUGGACUCAGCCAAAGACUAUGUCUUCUCUUUACGAUAUCUGUCGACUCUACGAUCAGGAGGAUGGAUUCUUCGACCCUGAUCCUAUACUUCCUCCUAUUGAGUCCCCUUCUAAAGAUCCUACAACCAUAACCUGCUUGGUGGAAACAGUGGGAAAGGUCAUUUUGGUGGGCGAUGUGGUAUUUGGCGACCCAGGUGUCAUUCCAUAUCCUGAUCUAUGGGCACACCAUGUGCGCUUCCUUGAGGAAGUGCUCUUUACGGAAUUCAAUUCGUGGGAGUGGAAAGACGCAGCCCAUAACUACCAGGAUGGAAUCUUUCCACCGAAAAUUGAUCUCAUCAUCACUGAUUGGCUCGGGCACAUUGGCUUUUCAUCUGCCCUUCAGAAGGCAGCAGAAAACAUGUCUGUGUUCAAACUUAUCACCAAGGCCAUCACUGAUGAGUGGAUCACUUUGCUACUCAAACUAGGCCUUAAAUCUAUCACCGGAUUGGAUAAUUUCCUCAAUGACAUGCGGAAAUUGUCCGUUCCAAAUUCCAGGGUGCAUCCUUGGACUAUGUUGAAUCUCGUCAAGGCUAUUUACCCCUGGAGGUCAAAUAGUUUUCCCUGGCCCGUAGAAGGAGAGAGCCUAGCCAAGGACACGAAUCCGUUUCAUGGGAGGAAAUACUGUAUUGCUGCCCCAGUUUCUCCAAAAGAAGCAGCCGUUCCGUCCAAAGAACAAUGGAAUGCCGCUCAACUUGUCCUAACAUCACCGUCAACCCAAGUUGGCGAUGAGAUAUGCCUCCUUCGGUCCCAGCCCUCUCAUUCACGCAGCCAACAAGUCGUGUUUCGCAUGCUGCAGAGAGAGUCUGUUGAAGAUGGGGCUGCGAAAGAUAGUGGUAGCGAUGAUAGUAAGGACAUUGUCCGGAAACACUGUGUUUUCGUUUCCGAGUGCCUAACGAGGAAAUUUUUCCGGGGGUCUUGGAUAGAUGGGAGCUCUGCGACAGAAUUCGUGAUCCAUUGAUAUCAUGUCAAGCUUCGUUCAAACUUAGUCUGUCUCAAGCCUUACGCCGAAUGCUGACAGGAAG